AUGACCGCUGCGGUGGAGUUGAGUCUGUGGGGAGUAUCGUUCGACUCCUGUAGCGUGCCGGGAGAGAAGCGCCAGGCCUGCGGGAGCUGGAGCACCAGCGAGCGGGAGUGUCUCGACAUGGGCUGCUGCUACCGCUCGCCCUUCGGCGUCCCUAACGCACCCUGGUGCUACCAGAAAGCUUCGGAAAUGGAAACCAACAACUGGUUUCUGCCAUCCUCAUCUGAAGAGGACAGUAGUGAGGAGAUGGACCCAGACAGGGACACUGCUGUUGACUUGGGAUCAAUUCUGGACUGGAUGAUGGGUAACACUGAUGAUAAACCCUCUGGGAAUGAAGACACUGAGGACCCUCCUGCCAGUCCUCACCACAGUCCUCACCACCGCUCACCUGAUGAUGAUCAUACCCAGCACGGUGCCCCUGACAGGCAUGGUCUGAUGCCUCCUAACCUUCACAGGGACCCAAGUAACCCAAACUGUGACAAUCCUCUCCAUCGUGGUGACUCAGGUAAUCCUUCUCCUCGAUAUCCUGCACCAGAGACUCCCCAUCAUGCCCCCAACAAUCCUCCCCAUCAUGCCCCUGAAACUUCCCAUCAUGCCCCCAACAAUCCUCCCCAUCAUGCUCCUGAAACUUCCCAUCAUGCCCCCAACAAUCCUCCCCAUCAUGCCCCUGAAACUUCCCAUCAUGCCCCCAACAAUCCUCCCCAUCAUGCCCCUGAGUCUCCCCAUCAUGACACAAAAGACGAAUCCCAUCCCCAGCCAGCCUCUGGUCGCCAGCCCCUUCCUCGCAACCAUGCUCCUCCAGCCAAAACCCGCCCCCCUCACCACAAGGAACCAAAACAGAAGACACCACUCGACUGCCAUCAUGACAUAAUGUGUGCCUUAGUACCAAUGGAGCUUGGAGAAGACGUGAUCAACGCCUAUCCAGAAGACCCAAAAGUGGCUGCCAUCUACCGUGAUCUGGCCUGGUCCAUCCCUGUCCUCUUCGUGGUGAUGCUCAUCCUCUGCACCUGUCUGUGCAGCUGCAACUGCUGUGGAUUGACCAAGCCUCCUCCGGAUUACGUCGAGCAACUGGAAUCCGACGUUACUGGAGAUGAAAAGGGGCCACCUGCAACGUUUGCGGUGGAGGCAGAAGUGGAAGGGAAUGAGAAGAUCCCACCGGUCGUGUACGUGGAGGCUGGCGACUAUGAGGACCCCUGGAGCGCCCGUGUCGAUGCCGUCAUGAGCCCUGCUCAGCUGAAACAACUGAUGGCCAACAUCCAGCAGGAGAACAUCAUCAAGGGAUAGUGACCAAAACCAACCCCAUGUUCUAAAACAAAAUCAAAAUUGUUCAAGAGCUUGACUAUUAGGACAUGACAUGGAAACACUUUGCAUGUAGUGCUUUUCAAAUCACUGGGCAAACCUGGUAAAUGUAAAAUUAAGAUAAUUCAGAUGCAGGUUUAAUUUAUUACUUAUCAUCUCUAUCAAUAGAUUAUGGUAUUCAAGUUCAAAGGUGGAUUAAAGUGAAAUCAUUUCAGAUGACCAUUGGUCUUGUUAACUGUGGAAUUUGUAAAACUUUCUGAAUCUUGUAUUCUUAUAGAAACUACAAAUGCAAGCACAUUAAGAGAUUCAUCAAAAUUAAUACAGCCAAGAAGGUUUGAAUCUUCAUCUUUUAAAACCUCCUUGGUAUAGUCAGCAUUAACAUACAAGCAAUGAAGCAUGACAUUUGACAACUCUAGACACUUCACAUAUACCUGUAUUCAAAUUUCCACAAAAUACAUGUACAUUU